CUUUAUGCGUCGCACGCGUACAGACGGUGUACACCAUCGUCGUUCUCGUCAUCUAUCGCGGUCGUGGUCGAUACUGCUCAGUUACGGUUAAGUUUCCUCUCGUUUAUCUUUUGCGUUUUGUUUUUCCUUACGUUUAUAUCGACCAACCAGUACUAUUAUCGUUCCAUCAAUCACCCUACUGACGUAAAUAGUGCUAAUUAUUAUCAUUGUCAUCCACGUUAUUAAUUUUCUGUAACCCGUUAAACAAUUAACAACGAUUCUCCGAGGUCCCCCAAUAUGAUGGUCGCCGACUAGUUCGCUUUAUCUACAGUCGAAUGUUAUUGCUGUCAUGAACAUUCAUAAAUUAAGAGACGUAUAAAAGAACAAUUUUAUGAACUACGAAAAGAACUAUUUGUAAGGGACAGCGUUAUGAUAAUGAUACCGAAACAGACGACUAGCAAACAACGUUAAAUAUAAAAACAAGCAUGACGUAUUGGCUGAUGUUAAUACUGUCCAUCUGGCCUGUUGCAGUGUCUUCAGAGGGUUGCAAGUUCCCGCCUAAGUGGGAGGGUGUAUGGUUCCAAUCCGGUAUCCGACAGUCGAUCGUCGUGCAAGCCAACCGGUUCAGCAUCAAAGGCAAGUGCGUAGACUCAGACGGUGACAAGUAUCUACUUUCGGACGAGAAAAAGCCGUGUUACCGGUGCGUGGUCAUUCAUGAGAAACAUCAUAACGUUCUCCAAUACAAAGAAACCUUUUGCAACGAAAUGGGAACGCUGAAGACCAUCUGCCCACUGAUUACCGGCGACGCGCUCCUAUACUCUAUGUUCCGGGAGUCCGGAAAUCCCAUGCCGUGUCCGUUCAAGCCACCGUACACGUUCACAUACAAUCGUGGUCACGGUGACUGCAAGAAUCCCGUUUCCACUGUAGAGGCUUGUACUCAAGAAUCGAGGCUGUUGAUCCGGUACCAGGCGUGUCCAGAUGUUGAAGGAUCGGAGAGUGCUCUCGAAGAAGUUGAAUGCAUUGCUGGUUGGAAAGAAGGGUCAUACCGUUUCCUCGUGGGUAGGGUUCACCAUAGCAAUGGGAUACCAAUGUCAACUGAAGACCGGUUCAAAUGUUUCAUAUAUGAACGAACGACAUCUCAGAGACAACUGAAAGGUUCCAGUGGUUCUGGAGACAUCGAGUACAGAGUGGCACAGUCUGGCGACGCCACAUGCAGUGGUCUUUUUAGUCCCCUUGAAGGAUCCAGGACUAUGAUAUUAAAAAAGGAAAUCUUUGAGACAAAAUGCAGCUUUCCAUUAUGGCUAACUGAAAACCAAAGGUGGCGAACGUUGGAUCACAGUAAAACGUUCACGUUCCUGCAUCACCACAACAACAACACGCUAAAACUGGUGUCCAGCUCGUUGGAUCGCGUAUUCGCUGCGCAGACCAUACAGGCUUCACACCAGUUUUUCUACAAUCAGCCAUUGGUGGCACCUUUACCCGGACAUGAGAUGAAAUUCUCUUGUCAACAAGAAAUAGAAGAGUUACCACACCAGUUUAGGGUGAUGGCGCACUACGUUACUGGAUGCCAAAGCGGAUAUAUUUGUUUAGACUUCCACCGAAGAGCAUAUGACUUGGCAGAACUUCAAAUGGGCCAGCCAAGCAGGAGACCCGAAGACGCGUGUAACUCUCCGAACUUUGAUGCGCACGCUACGGAUUCAAUUACGCUAGUGGCUUCCAAGUCGGACUUUCGAAAUUGCCCUUAUAAAGGAAUUUACACGAUAAAAAGAGUCAGUAAAAGUAUGUCGUGGAACGAUGCAUCUUCAAUUUUACCGAGUAAAAAAAAUCUAAAUUUACCGGUGGACUUAUUAACUUCUGACAAUCAUCCGUCUAUUGUGUUAACUACGACUUCACCGCCUUCGCCCAAACGUCACUCAUCCGAACACUACGAGAAAUCGUCGGACGAUUGGAGUGUAACGUACAAGAAAUUACAGCCCGACUUACCAAGUCUUGUGAGGUCCAGAAAAAACAUAAGCAAGGAAUUCGAACGGCUAUCGGAAUACGAUGACGAUGAUGAGGCAAUAUUGCGUAGAGUUAAAAGGAAAGGCCGACGGAUUUUGAGCAGCAAAACAAUCGCCGACGAAGAAUGCAAAUUGAACUUGACUUCAAUUGUGUUCUCUUGUGGAUCUACUGACUCAAUAGAACUAGUAGCAGAAUGUCCUCGAUUGACACACAUACGAUCAGCCUACAAGUGUCACGGGAGUUGGAAAGAUAAUGGCACGACGUACCAGAUAAUCAGCAGCGACUUACCGUCGGCGGCCGGCUGGAAGAAGCUGUACUGCCUUGCGUACAUCAAAUGGCCUCCGGAUCGCCUGCAAGUGUUCGUAUACGCAGAUAACUGUAACCCAAACAAUAACCGUACCACGGUAAUUGGUGCCGACGAAGGGCUCCUUUUGUCAUUUAACAUUUCGUUAUCACCAUCUGGCGAAAAACCGUGUAACGAGGUCAACGAGUCGACGGUCGUCAGAGCCACCUUGACCGUGAUAGCGGUCGCCGUCGGUCUACUCUUCCUGCGGCAGUCAGCCGAUAGAUGAUUUUCGUAUUAAAUCGCGCUAAAUCUCAAAACCAUAAUACCAUCGCCGAAAAUAUUGUGUGUAUACGUCUGUUUCGUUGUUUCCUUAUAGCAAAUGCAUUUUGACAAAACUUUAUUUUUUUUCUAAAUAGUGUAAAUAAUAUUAUACUAAUACACAUGCGAGCGCGCGAGCGAUUAUCUCUAUAAUAGUUCAUGACAUGUAGAGACGGACGAAAAUGAAACAUAUUUUGUAUUGCUAUUUGAGAUAAUUAUAUUUAAAAAAAAAUAAUUUACGUAAUGAUGUAAUCAACCGCUUUUUUUUGUUUCAUAUUUAUUAUAUGUACGUAUAAUAUGAUGGUGAAUAGUGUAUACGUAUAAAAGACUGAUCGCCGUUUUCAUACCUUUCCGUAGACGCAUUUUGUUCGGUUUGAAUUUAUGGGUUCGGGGGGUUGGGUGCAAAAAAUCGAAGGACGUGGCAUAACAUUUUUGUACGUGGCUGUUUCGACGGGAUGAAUUCACUCGACGGUCGAGUACCGCAUUCUAAUAAAAAAAAAAAAAAAAUCCUGCAAUCAUGCAUAGUAUACUAUUAUAACAUAAUAUUAUCAGUGCUAUAUCGUAUGUAGAUAGGAACAUCUUCUUUGUAUGUACUAUGUACAUUAUACAAAUAGAGGUACUACCGCUCUUCGUUAUCGGGACGACGAUGUUAUGUUAUGGUCCACGACAGGGGUGUAAAAUGGGUCGACGACGAGGAGAACGCACUCGUACGUGGCACGCAUUAUAUAACAUUAUAUUAUAAUAAUAUACAGUAGUGAUUGGAGGAAGGCAGCGCAGAAAAACAGAGUUUUCAAGUGUGGAGCCGUUUUGUCCCGCGCAGUUAUAAUAAUAUUACCUACAUAGAUCGUUGUCGAUGAAAAUUAUUUCGAGAACUCGUAUUCGUCGGCGGAAACGGAUACGGAGCGCGCGUGACGUACUAUAAUCUACGGCGAUCAUAUUUUUCAACCGGGAAACUCUGUAGGAGAAAAAGAUUGCCCGACGCGCGUCGAGUUUAAGACACUAUUAUUAUUGUAUAACUAUAUAGGCAAUUAUUAAAAUACAAUAUAAUAUAUAAUAUUUCAUAGUAUUUUAUAAGCAACGCAUAUGUUAAUGUUUUUUUAUGUUUUGUUUUCUAUUCGUCUCGAAAAAAAAUGUGUAAUGGAAACGCGGGCAAUAAUAUUUUUGUAGAUAAUAUAAUACUAUGUAAUAUGAUGUACAAGUGUAAUAAUCAUAACAGUAUGUUACAUGUUAAAACCUAGUGAUAAUUUAUUGAACGCGUGUAUACGUAUUGUUAUGUUAUUUUAUUAUUAUUAAAACACGGCGUUAUAAUACGUACGUUUCGCGAUGACUUAAUCUGUCUCGUCUCUCCCAUGUGCAUAUAAUGUUUAAUAUGUCACUUAUAUAAUUAUACUACUACUUAUGAUAUAUAAACAUGUCCACAACGUGUUAUAAUCAUAAUAAUAAUAACAUAAUAUCGUGUCCACUAUAAUAUAGCAAUAAUG